CUGCCAUCCCCGCCUACCAUUCGCAUAUCUGCCGCUCAAUGACUUGACGACGCGGUUCCCGUAUUCUAUCAGACUCGUUGGAACGACUCGCAUCCCUGCUGCACCGCCGACAUCAUCCGCAACCAUGAGCGCAUCUCGGGUCGGACGAGCCGCACUGAAAAAGGCCAGGAUGCCUGCUCAGGGCCAUGCUUCCAAGCCGGCGCCCAGAUAUCCAAUCGCCGAUGGCACAGGACCCAAGAUCCUCCCCAAACGCGCCAACCCUCAUCUCGCAAAUCUCCCCUCCAGCUCCUCCACAUCUAAUACUCCUCCCAUGUCCCCCAAAGUCAUGACCAUUUUGGGCGUCAGCGCCCUCACCUUAAGCACCUACAUCGGCUACCUCUACGCCUCAUACCGCCGCGAAGUCACCCAAUCUCAAACCCUCUCCGUACCCCACGAUGUCUCAGACCGCUACAACCACACCGCGCGCACAUUUGAUGCCGACGUCGAAAUGUCCGAGCGGCUUAUGCGCAUGGCCGCGAAGCGCGCAGAGCUGAUCAAUCGCGCGCGCGGCGAUGUUCUAGAAGUCAGCUGCGGCACGGGACGCAACCUCAAAUACUAUGAGCUCGGACAGCGGAGGGGUCAGGACCAUCAGGGACGCGCAGACAUCCGAGGGUGUCGGUCUGUGACGUUUGUAGAUCUGAGUGCGGAGAUGGUGGAGAUUACGAGGGCAAAGUUUGGGAAACUGUUUCCGGAGCCCAAGGUGCCUGUGGAUUUUCGGGUGCAGAAUGCGGGGGAGGUGUCGAGGCGUCCUAUUGAUCCUUUACGGAAAGAUGAUGAGGGAUACUAUGAUACGGUGGUGCAGACGAUGGGGUUGUGCUCGAUGCCGGAUCCGGCCGGUACGUUGCGCCAUCUGGGGACAAUCGUUGAGCCGCGUCGGGGAGAGAUCUUGUUGCUGGAACACGGGAGGUCGCAUUAUGAUUGGUUGAAUCGCGCGUUGGAUAAUUUGGCUCCGGCGCAUGCGGACAGACAUGGGUGUUGGUGGAAUCGGGAUAUUGGGCAGAUUGUGCGCGACAGCGGGUUGGAGGUGGUCGAGGAGAAACGGUGGCAUUUUGGGACCACGUGGAAGUAUGUUCUCCGGCCGAGGACGGAAAUCAAGGCUGAGAAGUGAUGGAGAGGAUCUUGUAUAUUAUUUUGAUAGAUUUGGAUGACUGGAUGUAUUGCAUAGCGGGUGUUUAGAUAGCAUUGAAAGAUGAAUGGUCAUGGAUAGAUUGGU